AUGGCUCUUCUACAAGACAACGCCACAUGCCACUCAACGACCAUGCAAACACACCCUCUAUUGGUCACCAUGGACAAGAGUUCUUAUGUCAGAAGGAGGCCAGAAGAUGACCCCAAGCAUCUGUAUGAACUCUUCCGCGAACUCUCAUUCGAAAGAACUAUUGAUCCGGACAAGAUGCAACGACACGUCCUAGACUGCAUCUAUCGCCUUGUCCAUGGCUCCAACAAUAUCGAAGAUGUCAGUUUCAACUUGAAUACCACAAUCGAGCUUUGUCAAGCCAUUUUUGAAGGCUCGGGUAGUGAUCCGCGUGACCUCUUGGUUCUCGACGCGGAAAUCUAUCGAGAGGUGGGACAGCAUCUCAAGGCUGCUCAGUAUCUCGUCUGCCAAACCACGAAGAGCGAUCUGUCCGAGGAUAUUAUCAAGGAAGCGCACCGCAUCUUGACAAAUAAGUUCAAUCAGACGGAAGGCACAUACGAUACCGAGUACGGCGGUAAAUAUCGCACAUCUCCCCUACAGGCAACUUCCCGUCCCUACAUGGACCCCAACAAGAUUCCCGCUGCGAUGGAGAAGAUGAUAGCCAGCUACCGAGCUGAUCUCGUGGCUGCUGGAAUAAAAGGAGAGCUUGAUCCCGUGGCGCUUGCAGCAAAAUACAGUCACAUUUUCCUCAGUAUUCAUCCAUUUCAUACCGCCAACGGUCAAAUGAGUCGCCUUAUACUCAACGCCAUACUCUUCAAGUGGGCAGGAUGUCUUGCUCCUUUUGGUCAGGAUGAGGAGGAGUGUGCAGAGUAUCUUUCCAUUGUUGUUGAAGCGAUGGAUCUGGAAACCUUUGAGGCUGAGAGUUGUCAUGGAGUGUCUGGUGACUGCAGACCGAAACUUUAUAAGAAGUUGGCUUCCUAUAUUCUGAAGCAUGCGGCGGCGGGUAUGUUGCUGGUUUACGAGCCUCUGCAGUUGGAUGGGUAA